UUGUCUCGUGACCAAUGCGGAAGUAGUGGAACAUCACAGCUGCAGUAAGUUUGAUCAUUGUUCUGGUUCAGAUCAAGUAAAUGUCCGUGUUCCACCUGCGACCACUUCCCCCUCCUGACGGUCAGUGUGUCACCCGAGGCCCAGUGGAGUAGAGAAUGAGCUAAGUUUAUUCAGGGCAGGCAGCACCCAUCAUUUUGCAGAGAUGGUUGGUCUGGGCUUGGCCAAGAGAUUGUUAUCUGUUCAGCUGCUGCUCCUGUGGACACUGCCCAACAUCUCUGACUCCAGAGUGGAUUUGUUUGCUCCUGCUGCCGUCACACUUGAGGAAUACUCUACAGCUAACAUCACCAUUACUUCCAGUUCCCCUGUCAACCAGUCAGCUGUGAUUCAGUUAAACGUCACCUACAGCUCCAAGUCCAACUACACAUCCGUAAUCACAGUGCCUGAGCAGGUGUUGCUGCCAGUUGAAGCAACCUCUGUCAAUUUCAAUGUGACAGCCUGUGCUGCCGGUCAGGUGACCACCCACCUGAUUAGCAACAACACUGACUUCAACAGCUUGUCGGUCAGGAUCCGUUUUAUGGUUAUCCAUAGCAACAUCCUGUUGGUAAUCAGUCAGGUUAUUGGCUGGAUUUACUUCGUGGCCUGGUCGGUGUCCUUCUAUCCACAAGCAUGGGACAACUGGAAGAGAAAAAGUGUUGUAGGUCUCAACUUCGACUUCCUGGCUCUCAACCUAACAGGCUUCAUCGCUUACAGUGUCUUCAACAUAGGGCUGUUCUGGGUGCCAUAUAUAAAGGAGGAGUUUCUGAUGAGAAACCUAAAUGGAAUUAACCCUGUCAAUGCUAAUGACGUCUUCUUCAGUCUCCAUGCUGUCUUGUUUUGUUUGGUGUACAUUAUCCAGGCUGCCAUGUAUGAGAGGGGGGGUCAAAAGGUCUCCUGGACGGCCGUGUGUUUGUUGCUGGUUGCCUGGGUGUUUGCUCUGGUCAGCUUGUUUCUAGCUGUAGCAAAACAGAUCACCUGGCUGGACUACCUCUACUAUUUCUCCUACAUUAAACUAGCAGUCACUCUGAUCAAAUAUGUGCCUCAGGCAUACAUGAACUACAGUAGACAGAGCACUGAUGGGUGGAGUAUUGGCAAUGUGUUGUUGGACUUCAUUGGAGGAAACCUCAGCAUUCUACAGAUGAUUUUACAGUCUUACAACAACGAUGAGUGGAGGCUGAUAUUUGGCGAUCCUACAAAGUUUGGUCUGGGCUUGUUCUCCGUGGUGUUUGACAUCCUUUUCAUGAUUCAGCACUACUGUCUCUACAGACAGAAACCACAGUACGAGGUUGUCACACAGCAAGCAGACUGACGCUGACUCACUGCUGUGUGGACAGACUGUUUACAAAUGGAAUCACAAGGGAGCACAGGACCGAUUUCUGUCCGUCAACAAGAAUGAGCACGCCUGAUCGACUCUGUUUCUGCAGAGCAGCAGUUCUGAGCUCCAAAAUAUCUCAGGAUCAUCAAUUGUAUUUUUUUUUUUUACCACUGUAUCAAUAUUUUGCUUAAAAAAUUGAUUAUUAUUAAAUUCAGUCACAUGUAA